GACAAUCGUAGCUCUGGUCUACAACGUGUUGAAGACACUGAUGGAGAUGAACUGCGCGCUGUUCGAUGAGCUGACGUCCUCCUAUAAGACGGACCGACAGCGGGAGAAGAAGAAGGAGCAGGAGAGGGACGAGCUGUGGAAGAAGCUGGAGGAGCUGAAGCUCAGCCACUCUGCCGGGAUCCAGAACAACAGCCACAGGCUGCCCGGUAUCCAAAACAACAACAACAACAACAAUAGUCACAGUAACGACGAGGGCAUCAGCGCCGCAGCUAAUGCUGCGCCCGCCGCUGAUCCCGCCUCUGACGCCGGCGAAAGCCUCCAGUGCGCCAAAUGACAGCGGAUGUCUGAGUUAGAAGAGGUUUGACAAGGAGGUCAGGCUCGUCGGGAGGAUUUAAAGAUGUAACACAAAUGACACCUCAGCAGUAUAUUAAAUCUACUUAGAUUGAAAUAGAAUGCCAUCAGUUCAUUGGCAAAAUAAAUAUAUAUAUAAAUAUAUAUUUAAACCUAAAAAAAGACUAUUUUUGGAUGUUACAGUACGGCUGCAGUUUCUUGUUUGUCUGAUGGACGACACGUUUAGUUUUUUUAGUGAUUCUAUUUGUUUUGUUUUUUCCCUUGUAAUCAUUGUAUGAAACGUGAGGGGGCGGGGCCGACGACACAAUGACUUGAACUUAAUGUUUCCGACUGUGCUGCACUUAGAACAGCUGAACGGCUAUUUAAAGAUGUCUAUUUUUAAAUGUGCUUUUUUUCUUGUCGCUGCCAACACUUAAAAAAUAAAACACACAAAAAAAAAGGAAAGAACGAAAACGAAAGGAACUCUGAUGCUGGCAGUGUUUGGUGCAGAUGGGACCACACCCUAAAAAUAAAAAUUAAAAAUUAAAAACCACAUAUAUAUAUUUAUAUUUAUACAGAGACUCGUUUAUAUGCAGGAAAACACGAGGUAGAUGCCUUCUGUUAGAAAAAGAAUCAUGGCCAAAAUAGUGAUUUAUUUUAAAGUUACUAAUCUUCUAUAUAAAAUAGUUAACUCUGCUUUAGUGGGAUUUAAAGCUGAUUAAAGUAAAGAUAAUGUCAUAUUUUUAGGGGGUUCAGGUGAGAACGUGAAGUGAUAUUUGUACAGUAAUUCACAAUAAAUGAUUAAAAAAGGGCUAUUUCUUGGAGUAGUUCAGCAUUUUGGGAAAUAAAAUAACUUUACCGUGAGAUAAAUAAAAAAAUGCACACAAGCCGUUAAUCAGAUAUUUACCAGAAUGAUGAACUGUUCCUGUUCAAACAGCUGAUUUAAACAAAAUGUUUUUUUUUAGAUGAAUAUGGUUUUGUUGGCUCCCACAGUGAUGAGAUGCAGGAUUUUGUAUAUUUGCUGUAUUUAUUAGGUUUGGAGGCUACUUAAAGGGAAACAUGCCACUCGACUUCAGAUGUUCUGCUCAGUGAAAAGUUUCUGUGCCGUCAGUGAAACAUUGUGGUUUUUUCCAAGCGACUUAAACUCAUCUCAGCUUUUUUUUUAAUAUAUAUAUUCAGAAACUCAAGACAAACAUUUCCCAGCAAACUGUGGCGCAGUCAAACCAAGACAGGAGCCAGAAAUUCCUGUUUCUGAUCUGAUGUUUGGAGCUCAUUAACGCUGUGACUGCCACAGAUGGUAGGAGGGACUUCUGAGAGGGUUUUUUGUUUUGUUUUGUUUUGUUUUGUUUUGUUUUUGUGAGUUAAAGGGGAUCCUCUGAACCUCGGUGUCUGGUCUGUUCCGCUCGUCCGUCAGGUCCGGUCUUUUCUCCGAUGCCUUUGUGUCAAAAACAGCAUUCCAGCCUCUGUGAACUUUCAAGAAACUGUGUGGGAAACCUGUUUUGUAAUCUCAGAUCUUAUUUAGGUUUCACCAACAAAUAAAGUCUACUUUAUCUUUCUA